UUGAGGAAAUCGCAUAACGUGCAUUUUACGACGACUGUCGUAAAUCUGCCGGUUUUUGAUUUUCUCCCCUGGCAGUUAUUUGCCAUAAAACGACCGCAGAUGGUUGUCUGUUGUACGCGAGAUUUCAAUUCGGCUCGCUUACCUGCGUCGGUGUGUGUUAGUUGCAUUUUUUUUUUUUUUUUUGAAAAACCUAAGACAACUGAGUUGCAUCACCAUGGACGAAGAACCGAUGGAAGCAAUGUCGGAGGAGGUUCUGUUACAACGAAAUGCAGUCAGUGGCUGUGAAGGUUCGACUCACAGCCGUUGUGAAAAUGUAGAUGCAACUAACACGAGGAUGGUUCACAAAGAUCGAGCCUUCUCUGGCUCUGAAUUGUCCUCUGUUCCGAGCAAGGACCAAAAUAUGGUGGCAUAUUCUCAGACUGCAGCAGAUUUCCCUUUGUUGUCAUCAUCGGCAGAGGAACUAUUUACCGAAAACGAGACGACAUCGCCGACAUCAAAUUCUAGCACUACUUGUACAACGACGCACACUAACACCACAAAUACAUCUGAUGACACAAGAAAGUCACCUGGAAAUCCGCUUGUGCGACCUGGUACUAUGGUGAUGAUGACAAUAACAGAUGAAGAGUAUGAGACUCAGUAUUUACCUCAGUUGAUGGAUGCAAUCAAUCAACUCCUCACCAUUGCUCCAGGAACGUACAUCCCAAUCUCUUAUGAACAAAUGUAUAGUUGUGUCUACAAAUGUGUGUGUAAACAGUUCUCAGAGCGCCUCUAUACAGACCUGAUCAAUCACAUCCGCCGCCACCUAGGCCAGGUUGAUUCCCAUCUAAAGGAGUGUCGGAGUGAUUCCACAAUGUUUGUUGAACGAUUUUCUGUGUUAAUGAACCAGUAUUUACAAGCUUUAAAUGGAAUUGUGCCAAUAUUCAAUUACAUGAACCGGUUUUAUGUGGAAACCAAAUUAAAGACAGACCUAAAUAAAGAACUGAGAAAUCUGUUUAGCGAGAUUGUUGUAGAGCAGCAUGUGAAUAACUUACUUAAUUUGUUGGAGAAAGCUUUGUCUGUUCCCUUCACUAUAUCCCCUCCUGUGAUGGCAAGCAUUAUCAAAAACCUUUAUUCUUUAAAUCCAGAAUAUGCCCAGUUAAAACCAGACGUAUUUGCCAAAUACAUUCCCAACAUCCGACCACCAACCUCCAUAUCAGAAUUGGAUGAAUAUGGUGCUGAAGACAGAAAAAUGCAACUAGAGUUGUUACAUAACCCAGAGUUCAGCUGCUCUGAUUCAAGCCGCAAACGACGAAGUGAAGAAGAAAUACCAAGAUGUGGCCAACCCUCACACUGAAACAACCAAGCCAGCCAGCCAGCUCAGCCAGCCAGCCUGUAGCCCUGUGUUAUGUAAACUGUUUGAUGACUGUAGCCAAUCUAGCUACACACUCACUUUGGUCACUGCUUAACUGACUCGCCAGUCUAUUCAGCUGGUACCUUCUUCCUCCUCUCAAAACAACGGUCAUAGUUCUUACUCUGGACAACAGUGUGAACUUCACAAGUAAACAAAAACAGCAACAACAACAACAGCAACAAAUCUCAGUAACAACUACAGCAACCAACCAAUUCUUCUCCAGUAGUAUUUGCUCUCAUCAUUGACUGCUAGUUCUACUAUGUGGAGUUUAUUUUAACCAGGAUUCCAUUCAGUCUUUAAAACGAAACGAAGAGGAGGGGGAUUCUGUUCUACAUUGCAGCAUGGUUUCGCUGCUGGGGAUUUUUUUUAUUUUCAUAUUCUUUUUUAACAUUUUUUUUACACCACCCAUUCAGUCCCAUUUAAGAGAAUUUUUUUUUUUUUUUUUUUUUUUUUACACAUUUAUUUAUAUUUCCAACUCAUUCUAUUUUUUAUUUUCUCCCCACAUGAAAAGUUUAUGUUGCUUCAACAUUUUUCUAAUGCCGAAAAGUGAAAAACAGGAAGGAAAAAUGUUCUUUCAUUUUAUAUUAGUCCUGCUGAAAAACAACUGAUAUUGUUUAAAUUAAUUGAAAUUUUUAUUGCUCGCUUAAACCAAAACAAAAAUAAAGUUGGUAUUUUGA